UCUCUAAACAUGUCUGGCCGCGGCAAAGGGGGAAAAGGCUUGGGGAAAGGAGGUGCUAAGCGCCACCGCAAGGUUUUGCGCGACAACAUUCAAGGCAUUACUAAGCCAGCCAUUAGGCGCUUGGCCCGACGUGGAGGAGUCAAGCGCAUCUCCGGCCUGAUCUACGAGGAGACCCGUGGGGUGCUGAAAGUGUUCCUGGAAAAUGUGAUCCGUGACGCUGUCACCUACACCGAGCACGCCAAGCGCAAGACUGUCACCGCUAUGGACGUGGUCUACGCGCUCAAGCGGCAAGGGCGUACCCUGUACGGCUUCGGCGGCUAAUUUCCUUUUGGAAAUCUUGUAAACAACCAAAAAGGUCCUUUUCAGGGCCCCC